AUGAAUUUUGAUGAAAUCCUCUCUGUUAUCGGAGGCUUUGGGAAGUUCCAGAAGAUCUUAUAUGUGUGGAUCUGUCUACCUCAGAUCUUUCUGGCAUUCCACAUGCUGGUCUCAGUCUUCACCGGGGCAGUCCCUCCUCAUUUAUGCCGCUUUCCCGGGCUCUCAGCGGGGACUCCAGCCUCUUCAAACUUCAGCCUUCUAACCACUCCUGAUGGACAACCUGGCCUGUCCUGCAACGUCCCUUUAAACCACAGCAGUGCUGAAUCUCUUGGCAAUGGACAUCCUACUGUGAGCUGCCAGGAGGGCUGGGAGUACAGCAAGGACACAUUUCAAAACACUAUAGUAACUGAGUGGGACCUGGUGUGCGAUAAUGCCAGCCUGAACAAUGUGGGCUCAUCUAUCUACAUGUUUGGCCUUCUUGUUGGAGCGGUUGUGUUUGGACACUUGGCUGAUAAAUACGGUCGCAGGAUAAUUAUCCUUGUCAACCUGGCUAGCCAGGCUAUCUUUGGAGUCGCUGCUGCUUUCGCACCUAAUUUCUACAUCUACACUGCCCUUCGCUUUAUGGUUGGAACAUCCAUCUCUGGUGUUAUCAUGAAUGCCUUUGUCCUUGGCACAGAAUGGACCGGAUCAAAACAGAGGAUGUUGGCGGGUAUAAUCACAGACUACUUCUUUGGCUUUGGCUACAUUUUUCUGGCCGGUGUGGCAUAUCUCAUAAGAGACUGGCGUAAACUGCAGUUGGCUAUAUCCGCACCUGGCUUCCUCUUUAUUUUCUACAUCUGGGUUUUGCCAAAGUCUGCUCGCUGGUUAAUGGCCAAUGACAGGACAGAAGAAGCAUGGAAACUGAUCCAGAAGGCAGCGCAGAUAAACGGGAAGCCCCUCAUUAAAGACCUGGAGAUGUGUCAGGUCUGUAAAACCGAAGAGAAAACUGUGGCGAAGAACAAACACUCGUUCCUUGACCUUGUUCGAACACCAAGAAUGAGGAAGCACUCUCUGAUUGUCUUUUAUCUGUGGUUUGUCAAUGUCCUUGUGUACUAUGGCCUGUCCCUCAACAUUUCUGACUUUGGAAUGAAUAUAUACCUGACUCAGAUGAUUUUUGGUCUGGUUGAGAUGCCUGCACGCACAAUCACCCUGUUCACCCUGAACCGCUCCCGUAAGAUCUCCCAGCUAGCUUUCUUAGCAGUUGGAGGCACUGCCUGUCUGCUCACCAUCUUCAUCCCCGAUGAUUUGUCUGUCAUCAGAACGGUUUUGGCCAUGAUUGGAAAGUUUGGAAUCACAGCCUCUCUGUCUAUUAUUUAUGUGUAUUCUGCUGAGGUGUUCCCUACUGUUAUAAGACAAAAUGGGAUUGGUAUAGGCUCUAUGUGUGCUCGCACUGGUGGCGUCUUGGCUCCCAUGAUGUACCUUCUGAGGGGGAUCAGUCCUCACGCUCCCAUGGUUCUGUGUGGCCUCUGUCCCCUGUUGGGUUCAGCCCUCACAAUGCUGCUUCCUGAGACGGCCAACAGGCCGCUGCCUGAUAGCAUUGAAGACGUUGAGGGAUCCAAUCACAGUGAGGAGGACAGCUGUCUUAAGCCAGCCAUCUUCAAUAACUCUAUGAAGACCAUCAACAUCUGCAACACCAGUAUGGACUGAAACACAACCACAGACCACAGACAUUCUGUGUGUUUUCUAUGACUGGUCUAGUCUAUGCUUCCAGUGGAAGUCAUGAUGAGACUUAGGUCCUGUAAGUCACCCUAACUCUGAAGAUUUAUAUCACAGUUUUUAUUUCAUUUGUUUUC